AUUCCUUCUCUUUUUUUGGCGGAAAUCUGAAGUCAUCGAGUUUUUUUAUUUUUUAUUGUUAUUAUUAUUGUUGUUGGUUCAUCUAGCACCAUCUCCCACCCAUUCAUUUUUUCUUUCUCACCGUUUUCUCCAUUUCCCGACUUUUUUUGCGUUUUCCACUCGAGUCUCUCUUUUGCUUUCCUUUUCGUAUAUAGCCUUCUACUGCCAACCCCACUGCAUAUCCAAAAAUAGUAUUGCAGCAUCAUGACCAUCGAUCUCAUGGACGACACAAGUCCGUAUUUAAGGACAUUUUUGACCGACCGACCCAAACACGGAAUCGAAGCCAUGCAAGCUCGAUUGCGAAGUUCAUUUAAGCUCAACGACGAGUUGGCCGAGUAUUUUAAAGAAAGAGCCCUUGUUGAAGAACAGUAUGCGAAAUCUUUGGCAAAACUAUCCAAGCGAGUAUUUGUGCCUGAUAAAGAAGCUUUUGGAGGUCUUGCCCCUGCGUGGGAUAUGCUACGAAACGAACUCAGCGAAACUUCCACCAUCCACGCCGACAUGGCGGUUAAAAUGACGGAAACUAUUGAACGUCCGCUACGGUCGUGCAUUCAAAAUAAUCCAGAUUAUGCAAGUAUUAAAACUAUGGACCUGGAUUUCCAAAAAUUGGUCAAAGAUUAUGAGGAUGCACAAAUGAAAAUUGCAAAACAAAAGUAUACUGCAGACAAAGCUGGUAGCAAGAAGAAGCAAGAUGCAGAAUCAAAACUAGCAGAUCACACCCAACAUCUCUCCACACUUCAAACUCAAUGGAAACGUUCCGCACCCGAUUACAUUCAGAAAUACGAGGCAGUAGAAAAUUAUCGAUGGCAAGCUCUUCAAUCGUACAUGGCAGCCUUUGAAGCCUUGCAAAACGACCAACUACUCAAACGCGUCGAGAUGGCAGGUGAUACGUUGACAGCGAUCAACAACUUCCACGUUCAGGAUGAAAUUAUUUCUUUCUGCGGCACAGCACACACCGCCCUCAUGAACAAAGCCACCAUGCUUGAAGCAUCGACACAAUCGAAAACCGUUCGGUCCAUGAAAUCGUUCGAUUCUUUCAACGUAUCCGACUCUUUACCCCGGAGCACCUCCGAAUCAAGCUUCCAAAAUACCAAGUCAUUGAAAAAGCCGGAAAAACAGCGAAAAUUUCUAUCAACGUUGGUCUCCAUUCGUCGUCGACCCAAGGCUGAUUCAGGCUAUGUUAAUGCAGAUACCAUGGCUCCCGAAUUUCACGAAUACCAUUCGAAUCAUGCUAGCAGUAUGGGUGAUAAUAGCAGCAUUCAUUCCAAUGCGUUCAGUUACGAAAAUCAAUCCGGCGAUUUGCAUUCACCUGUAAACGCCGAUACACCCGCCUCGCCGACGUCGCUGACGCCUCCUUCGCUAAGAAAAGCGCCCAGCUUUACAGGAAGUUUCAUGAGCGGCACAUCGCAGCAACCACCCAAGGUAUUGGUGGAUGCGGAAGGCUAUUCAAUUCCUCCCCCUGAUCGUGCGGCUUGGCCGGAUAUUGCAUCUUUGUCCCAAUUGCACGAUGGUGAAGAGUCAGACAGUAGCAGUAUGAUGGCCAACGGACGACUAAAGGUGGACAUCAAAAAUGAAACGGUCAAGGAAGAAGAUGCGUCACAUGCCGCUGUGGCCCUUACGCGCGUAGCAUCGUUGCUGAAAGAGAAAAAGACAUCUACACCUAAGCGUCCACGCGGUCGAAGAGAGAACAUGCGAUCUAUGCAACUUUUGAAUCCAGUGAUGGAAAAAGAACAGGAUCAGCCUCAUAACGCUACACCUUCUCCUGAUACGUUGACACCAUUGCCGACUCACGUGGAGGAACCUCCGGUAGUAUCGCCAUUUGAGGAUGAUUUCGAUUCCAACCUCGUCAACGCGAGCGGAGCGAGCGAGAAAACGGUCGAUUUUACAGGCGAGUUGCCGCAGGUCAAAGUCCGCAUCACAGAAACCGUGCAUGCCGUCCUUCAGAAAGGCGAAAUAACAAAAGCCGCAGUUUGGGGUGAAGUUUAUCUGACGUAUCAGGGACCGUCCGAAAGCGCAUCGCCCGUGUGCUUCCGACUCGACAAUGUGGAUAUGAUUAGUCAAAUCAGCCCCAACGCCAAUUAUGUGACAUUACUGGAGGGUUACACGGAUGUGUAUCGCCUGAAUACAAACAUGUUCCAUCUCGCCGGUGACAUUCCGGUGAUGUGCAUGAAAUAUCUAGUAAACAAUGUCAACGACGUCCCUCUGAUUGUUAAACCAAUGUGGAAGUGCGAUGACGAUCAAUCCCGUCUUUUGGUGAAAUUUAGAGCCAAGAACAAGGCGUUGCAACUCGAGAACAUCACAUUGAUGACAACCGUCACCAGCGAUGUCGAAAAUGCUCAGAGUAUUCCUGCUGGUGAAUGGCUCGUCGAGCAGCAAUGCAUGGUGUGGCCUAUCGGGAAGCUCGACGGUGACGAGGAAUCGGUGCUCAAGGCAAGAUUUACUACCAAAUCAAGAGGAUCACCCCAUCCAUUAGCCAUCCGUUUUGAAGCCAAGCAGCAACUGUUUUCUUCAGUGCAGAUAACCAAAGGGGAGGAUAACUUGAUUCUAUGGGCUAAAAUAAUGGAAGUACAAACGUCUGUCAGAUCUGGAAAGUACAUUGCUGAAAUCUAGCGGUUCCUUGUUAUUUGUAUAAUCAUUCUCUUUGUUUUCAUUCAUAAUUCUUAUACUGGAAAACUUUUAUUAAAGACACCCGAUCACCAUAUCCCAUUUGUCCUACAAU